AUGUUCUUCACUGGCUCGCCCACCACGGCGCGGCCUCACCUAACGUGUCCUCAUCUGGAGGAAGAAGACGACGACGACUUCUAUACCGCACCGCCUCCGCAUUCCCCCUGCUCGGAAGCUUCCUCCUCCAGCUUCGUCUCGUCUCGUCCGCCGCCCUUCUCAUCACUUGUAUUCAAUACUGUGACUGAUCACGAUCUCGCAAAGGUUACUGCCACCGAGUCCGCCUCGGAUUCUCUCUCAACACCUGCUCCCCAGCCACUGCUCGGAGGGACCCAACAUCACGACUCUUCAUCGCCUAUAGUCGCGGAAACCAAGGCCUUUUUCCAGAAAGGUGAAUCCUCCGGCGCGAAAUCAGCGGAGGACGGAGAACCCCCUCCGCCAUACACUGAAGGGUCAAGUCCCAUUGAAUCAUUCACGUACGUGAUGGCUGCGGCAGGAGGCCCGUCGAGUAUUAUCACUCAGGUGCAACAGGCAGGAGGGCCGCCUAUCAACACAUUAGGAGACAUCGGUGGUGACGAGCAUAUCACUCUUGAAUUGCGAGGUACUCGGUUUACACUAUCGAGAGAUGAGUUGUUGACCCUCCCUGAAUUUGUCCUUCUAUCACUGUUUCCCAACGGUCUUCUACCUGAUGGACAUAUGGGCUCAUUUCAAGAGGGUGACAUCUAUCCCGUUGACUAUGAUCCCACAUCUCUCCAGUACAUGUUAGAUUUCUUCCGUUCAGUUGCUCAGUCGAUCCCGUCAUCUUCACCUUCAGCAUCGACUUCUCCGGAAUUAGAGAUGUCUGAAACGGUGCUGGGAUCGCCAAGAGACAUACUACAAGAUCGGGCCGGAAUCAUCGUCCUACGUGAGGACCUCGAUUUCUAUGCGAUACCACCGCGUCCUGACAUCGACCAUACGGAGAUGAUGGAGGUCAAACGUGCCGUCGGCAGGGCACUUCUUAAACAAGACGGGAUAUUUUCCGGCCUGAAGAAGAGCGAUGAACCUGGAUCGACGGAGCAACAUCUUAUUGAGAUGCUCACUGCAGGUGGUUUUGAGAGAGACGACCGUUGGGGUCACCGUGCUCCCGAACCCAACAAGGCGGUCAUUUGCAGCCUUGCAUUGGCUAAACUUCGCACCGACAUCAGAGGUGACCUGUCGAAUAACAAUGCAGUCGGCAUGGCGCAGAAACUCUUAUUGUUCUGGAGAAAACCAGCCAGGAGAUGCUGGUGGGAGGGUGUCGAACUGGAAAAUGUUGAGGGCGUUGAAGGCAAAGUAAAAGUGUGGGUUCGGAGAGUUUGGACGCUUGAAAUGAGCGUUAUUGGACUCCGAUAG